AUGCCACACAAUGUCUCGUCGCUCAGGAACCGCACGGAGCUGGGGCACGGGCGCGCGUUCGGCGCGGGGACGCGCCCCGCCUGGGCGGUCACGGUGCUCGCCAGCGUGCUCAUCUUCACCACCGUCGUGGACGUGCUGGGCAAUUUCCUGGUCAUCAUCUCGGUGCUCAGGAAUCGCAAACUUAGGAACGCGGGCAACGUGUUCGUGGUGAGCUUGGCGUUCGCCGAUCUGGUGGUGGCGUUCUACCCCUAUCCGCUGGUGCUGUACGCCAUCUUCCACGACGGCUGGUCUCUCGGCGACACGCAGUGCAAAGUGAGCGGCUUCCUCAUGGGCCUCAGCGUCAUCGGCUCCAUCUUCAACAUCACGGGCAUCGCGGUCAACCGCUACUGCUACAUCUGCCACAGCUUCGCCUACGACAAACUCUACAGCUACCGCAACACGCUGCUCUUCGUGGCGCUCAUCUGGCUGCUCACCGUGGUCGCCAUCGUGCCCAACCUCUUUGUGGGCUCGCUACAGUACGACCCACGCAUCUACUCCUGCACGUUCGCGCAGACCGUCAGCAGCUCGUACACCAUCGCCGUCGUGGUCAUCCACUUCAUCGUGCCCAUUACCGUGGUCACCUUCUGCUACCUGCGCAUCUGGAUCCUGGUCAUCCAGGUGCGACGCAAGGUGAAGAGCGAGGUGCGCCCUCGCCUCAAGCCCAGCGACCUGAGGAACUUCAUCACCAUGUUCGUAGUCUUCGUUCUCUUCGCCAUCUGCUGGGGACCGCUCAACUUCAUCGGCCUGGCCGUGGCCAUCGACCCCCAGGUGGUGGCGCCGCGGAUUCCCGAGUGGCUCUUCGUCGUAAGCUACUUCAUGGCCUACUUCAACAGCUGCCUUAACGCCAUCAUCUACGGCCUGCUGAACCAGAACUUCCGCAAGGAGUACAAACGGAUAGUGAUGUCCGUGUGGAUGCCCCGCCUCUUCUUCCAGGAGACGUCCAGAGGAGGGACGGAAGCCAUGAAGAGCAAGCCCUCCCCGGGGCUCAACAACAACGAGCAGGUCAAGGGCGAGACUCUGUGA